AUGGUGUCGCUGCCAAACGACGACACCUCGCAGGAUUCCUCCGGACCGACCCCGUGGCCGAUAGUCGGCCCUUCGGCGGCUUUCUCUCCCCCUUCAUCCAGAGGAGGUUUGCCAGCAGGCGGACAGCAGGGGGACGAACGCUGUGGUGUGUUUACGAAACAGGCCGACGGUGUAUGGGAAAUGUACAGCCUGUUCGUAGGCAGUCAGCUGAUGGUUGUGCUUAAUGGUUAUGAAGCGGUGAAGGAUGCUCCUCUCAAACCACCCGAGGUGUUCUCCGACAGGCCAACUAUCCCGCUCAUUUCCAUAUCUUUUUCUGGUUUAGGAAUAGUCUUUGCACCUUACGGUCCAUCUGGAGAAAGCAACGCAGUUCUGCCACGCCACAUCCGAAACUUGGCCUGGGAGGUUGAGUUGGAGCCUUGCAUCCUGCAGGGUCUGGCAUCAAAACAGCUGCAGAGACUGAACGAGGUGUCUGGUGGUGCCGGUGUGGACCUGGCUCCGCUGAUCAGCAGCCGCUGUGCAAACGUCAUCUGCUCGCAUCUGGGUCAGCGCUUCCAUCGAAACCACGAGUUUCGCACCAUGCUGGACCUCAUGGUUCGUGGCCUGGAGAUCUGCAUCAACAGCCCUGCAGUCCUCAUCAACAUCUUUCCACUGCUUUACUAUUUACCUUUUGGGGUCUUCAAGGAGUUACGGCAGGUGGAAGGAGACAUCACAGCGUUUUCGAAGAGGAUUAUUGCAAAUCACCGGGAAACAUUAGAUCCUGCCAACCCGAGGGACCUUACGGACAUGUUACUUAAUAGAGAAUGUUGGCACCGCAAUCUGCUGGAGAGGAGAGCAGCUUGAGAAGAUUAUCUCUUUUACAUAAUAGGAGAUCUCUUCAUCGCCGGCACUGACACCACUACUAAUUCAGUUUUAUGGAUUCUGCUCUACAUGGUCUCACACCCUGAUAUCCAAGACAAGGUCCAGGCAGAGAUUGAUAAAGUGGUAGGCAGACAUCGGGUCCCGUCUUUGACCGAAGGGAAGUUUGCUUUUACUGAAGCCACCAUCAUGGGUGCAGAGACUGACGUAGUGGUGCCUCUGGCUAUUCCUCCAUGGCCUCCAAGACAACAGGUGAACUUAAACAACACUAUGACCCCGUUCAGAGGCUACACAAUUCCCAAAGGAACAGUUGUUGUGCCCAAUCUUUGGUCUGUCCAUAGAGAUCCCACUGUGUGGGACGACCCAGACACUUUCAACCCAGCCUUCUUGGACGAUGAGAGAAAGUUGCUCAGGAAAGAGUGCUUCAUACCAUUUGGGUCAGGUCGCAGGGUGUGAUGGGUGAACAAACUGGCGAAGAUGGAGCUGUUCCUGAUGGUUACCAGCUUACUGCAGGCCUUCAGAUUCCGACUCCCAGAGGCACCUCCUAACCUGCAGGGACGAUUCGGCCUGAUGGCACCCUGCUCAUACUCUGUGUGUAUUGUGGAGAUGGAGAAUGAAGAUUUUUAUGGAACAACUAUCCUUUUUAUAGGACAGUAG